AUGGCCCCGAUCAAAGUAGGAAUCGUCGGCUGCCGGUACUCGGCCCAGGUGUUUCACUUGCCGUACAUCCUUCCAAACCCCGACUUUGACAUCUACGCCGUCCUCCAGCGCACCCCGGUGCCGAAGGCGGGCGAGGCGCCUCCGCCGUUCGGCCACUGCACCAUUGACUUCCCGCGGGCGAAGCACCACGCCACAGCCAAUAGUUUCUUUGCGGACUCAAACAUUGAUCUCGUUGUCGUCUGCACGCGUGUUCACGAGGACUUUGUGGAAGCUAGUAUCAAGGCUGGCAAGCAUGUGGUCGUUGAAAAGCCAUUCGUGCCCACAAGCGCCAUUGCUGAUCGCCUGAUCCAGCUGGCGACAGAGAAGAACAAGAUCCUCACCGUCUUCCACAACCGACGAUUCGACAACGACUUCCUGACUCUGCAGCACCUCAUCAACGAGGGCGCCCUAGGAGAGGUUAAGGAGGCCGAGCUCCAUUUCGACGUGAACGCAGCUUCUUGGGUGGCCAACUGGAACCGCAAGAAGUACACACCCGGAGAGGGCAUAACGUUCGGCUUGGGUACGCACACGAUCGACCAAGCACUGUUGCUUUUUGGUCCCCCAAAGUCCGUCACCGGCUUCCUGCGCUCCAAUAGAGGCAUCGACAGCGAUAUCGACGACACCUUCACCAUCAUUUUGCAGUACGGUGGUGAGAGACGGGAUCUCCUAGUCACCAUCAAGACGGGCAUCAUCACGCAUAUGCAGGAUCAGCUCAAAUACUUUGUCCGAGGAACGAAAGGAACUUAUCUCAAGUUUGGAACCGAUCCGCAAGAGUCCCAAGCAGCCGCGGCCCCCGGCAAGCCGGCCAGAGCCGACAGCUUCGGCGUCGAGCCAGAGCGUCUCUGGGGCACGCUUUCCACAGAGACUGAGUUUGACUCCAAGGUUCAAAAGUACGACAACAGCAGCAAGAUGUACAUCGGACGGUACCCUACAAUCCGCGGUCGGUACCGUGGAUACUAUGAAAAGGUUGCAGACGCCAUCCUGGGCAGGUCCGGGGGGGUCUACGUCAAGCCAGAGACCGCUCGCGAUGGAUUAAGGAUCAUCGAGUUGGUCUGCGUGUUUCACACCAAGGGCGCUGCGGUGCCUUUCAGUUAG